UUCAUUACCACCAUCCCGACUACUUUCAUCGACACAAGAUGGCGAAGAGCAAGGCUAACAAACGUAAAUCUGUUGUGGCAACGAAUGGCUCACCUGUCAAGCCAAUGAUGUCUCCACCACAGGCACCACCGGCCACCAUGUCCUCGAACGCUGUACCAUCGAACGCGGUUGCAGCGCCAUCGUCGAACACUCUUGUCCCGAAGCAUGCGACUGCGAUGGACCAUCCUCGACAGCCGCCGCUGCAAUGGACGUUCCUGGACGAGUACAUCAAGACUGCGGCGUACAUUCCAUCAUGCAUCGGAGACAGCAAGGAGCUUGUGUACCUCACACAGCGCGAUAUCGCCUUAGCAAAGCUGGAUAUAUUGGGGAAACAUAUUGUGGAAAAGAUGCCGGACUUUGAAGAGAGCAGGAAGAAAGGACAGUUACAGGAAGACCAGUAUCAGAAGUUCAAGGAGAUGGAGAAGGCAUAUCGAGCGAAGAUGCAAGCUACUGACGCUGCCAUUGCAGCUGCACCUGGAGCGAUGAGAGGAGAUUCGAAGGGCAAGGGCAAGUCGGCAGCAUUGGCGCUGCCUUUUCCGCCUUAUGGACACCCUCAACCCUAUUGGUCCCCUACACCGGAGCAGCUGGCAUCGCCCAGUUUAUCCCGGUAUACACCUCAUGAGGUGGAAGAUCUCUCCGAUCUGAUCCAAUAUGCUAUACGACCUCCGCCAGGGUGGAAAGACCGAGAGGAAGCACACGUCGAGAGCAAUCAUUAUCGACCCUAUGCCUACACAAGUGACUACGUUGCCCUGCGCAUGAUCCGCAAAAUGCCGAUAUAUGUGUCUAUGAUGCGGUCUGGGGAGUUGACAGAAAAACAGUUAGCGCAGGCCAAAGCGGUAGCGCGAGAGCACGCUCUGAAGGUUUUAGCUCGACAUGCACGCACACAGGCGAUAGGGGUGGACGAGGCAACCCAGCAGCUGGCCAAUAUGGCGCUUGUACCAAGUCCUACAAGUGGGGGAGAAGUAGCCACAGUGAACGGGGAUGGCACAGGGGGUGGGAAGGGAAAACGGAAGGGCGGGAAAUGA